UUAAAGAAAACAAAAUGCAACAACUGCGAUUUGAACUAAUGUAAACAUCAGAUUUUAUUCUGAGGAUCGUUGCGCUGCCUUUACAGUGCGUUUCCUGCUGCUCCAUCAUCUACUGACGCACCGCUGAUGUUUGAUUGGUUCUUUUUGGCCGUUCAAGGUAAUGAACGAGUGGAGGAGGAGUAGGAGCUCCAACUAGAGCUCAAGACGCACGGAGGUAGGAGCAGGAGCCGCUAAACCCGCGCAGAUGAUCAUUUUCUACAGUCGUUGAUUAUCACUCAGACGAACUUUUCUCCUAACAGUUAAAUCAUUUUAUUAAAGUCGUUUGCGUCAUUCUGAGGAUGCUGGUCCAAUUCUCGAGGCGGAUUUGUCUCUUUUUCUCCUGCGUGUUUCUAGAGCCUGUGUUCUCAGCACAGAGUCAGAUGUGCGACCUGAUUCUGGAAAUAGACAAGGAGAGGAGCAUGUGCCAGGCUCAGAUUGAGAACAGAACAACAGGCUGCAGUGGAACAUGGGACAAGAUCACCUGCUGGCCUGCUGCAGACGUUGGCGAGGUGGUGACCAUCCCCUGUCCCAAAUACCUCUUCUACUUCUCAGGAAGUGUUUCUUCACGAAAUCUGUCAAAGACCUGCACUGCAGAUGGCUGGACCCCAAUUAGCCUGGACUCAUAUAUAAUGGACUGUGGUUACAAUCCCAACAACACCAUGGAUGAAAAUUCAGGAGAAUUCUUUGGCGCUAUCAAACUCGGCUACACUGUGGGUCACAGCGUGUCGCUCAUCUCUCUGAUGGUUGCCAUCACCAUACUGUGUCUCUUCAGGAAGCUCCACUGCACUAGAAACUACAUCCACAUGAAUCUGUUUGUGUCUCUGAUUCUAAAAGCUGUGACCGUUUUCAUUAAGGACAUGGUUCUGUACGACGUCGGUGAGACGGACAACUGCCAGUCGUCAGUGGGCUGUAAGGCAGUAGUGGUAUUCUUCCAGUAUGGGGUCAUGGCGAGUUACUUCUGGCUGCUGGUAGAAAGCCUCUAUCUUCACGCUCUGCUGGCUGUGUCCUUCUUCUCUGAGAAGAAAUACUUCUGGUGGUACAUUCUCAUAGGCUGGGGAGCGCCGACCAUCUUCAUCUCUGCGUGGGUGAUAACAAAGGCCUAUUUAAACCACCUAGGAUGCUGGGAGACCAUUGAUGACAAUCCUUGGUGGAUCAUCAAAACUCCCAUUCUAGUCGCUAUACUUGUGAACUUUUUCCUCUUUACUUGCAUAAUCCGGAUAUUGCGACAGAAAAUGAAUUGCCCUGACAUAGGAAGGAAGGAAUCCAAUCAAUACUCGAGACUGGCUAAAUCUACCCUUCUGUUGAUACCUCUCUUUGGCAUAAACUACAUAAUAUUUGCCUUCAUCCCUGACCACGUUCACCCACAACUGAGGAUGGUGUUUGACCUAGUUCUGGGAUCAUUUCAGGGUUUUGUUGUUGCCGUCUUGUACUGCUUCCUGAACGGAGAGGUGCAGUCCGAGAUGAAGCGUAAAUGGCGCAGAUGGAUGCUUCUGAGGUUCCUGGGCACUGACACUAAGUACCAGCAGCCGUCCAUUGGCAGCAACGGCAACAACUUCAGUACCCAGAUCACCAUGUUGACCAGGUGCAGCCCCACAGCACGGCGGGCUUCUGCGUGUCAGGAGCAGCUCUCUGCAAUCUGAAACGCCUGGAUGCCUGACUCACCUCUUGUUUUCAUCAACAUGCAUCACGUGUGUGGCUCCUAUGUACUGCAGCUGUACAGCGGAUGUAGGGUGUCAGCACGACGUGUAAAUACUAAAACAGAUUUUAGUCAUUUCGUACAUUAGCUGUAAAAGGUUGACAGGUGGAAGGUCAUCAAACAGUUUAUUAUUAAAGGCCGGCAUCACUCGCAUAAAGACUAACUGAUGAGCUUGUGGAUGAUUCAGAUGUUGAGUCGACCGUACGAUCGUGCCGUUAGAGCAGCAUCAGCUACAGUUUGGUAACAGACAGAAAGAUCUCAGAGGAAAUGGUAGUCUUGGUUUGUAUUUGUCACAUGAAGCCAGACAAGUUGGAUAACGUUGCAGAAAAGCUGCAUCCGAUAAGAAAUGAAACAUUUGUAUUGCAUGUUGCACAAAAUGACUUCAGUCACUUAACCUAACGGCCCACGCUGCACGGGGUCAUACUGCGGGGGUCGGGUGGUUUCUGAGAGCCGGUGUCAGGUUGUUCUGAUCAGGAGUCACCGAGGAGUUUGUAAUGUCACAAACGGACUGGAUGUUCCUAUCCUGUCUGUGACAGUUUUAUACGGGACAUGGGCUUUGAUUUACUACUGCCGGAUAACAUUCCAGAGGAGGGGGAGAAGCUCUGCCUCAUGCGUUUCAGCUCGGAUAGCUGAAGCUCUUAGUUUUUAUAACAGAUGCAUCCCAUCAGCUCACAAAAUGCAGUUCAGUACAUAAACAUAACGGUUACUAGCUUCUAUUAAACUGUGUGCACCAUCGGGUCAUUUGAUGUCACAGUUUAUUAUUUAACGUGUUUAUUAUUGACGUUUAUUCUAGUUCUUGAUGCAGAAAGACAUUAUUGAUUAGA